GCGCACAAAGCCAAAGAUAGAGUAACAAAUCAGGAAUUUCCCUCCUGCCACUCCUGAGAGCGCAAGAGAGGACAGAAGUUAAGGAUUAAGCGCUUCUCCUCAGAGAGGAACAAACGGAAAGGCAGCUGAUUCGCCUGCAUAUUUUUUUUCCAAGAAUAUCAUGAUAUCGACACGUUUCCACGCGCGUUGCGGGCAUUGUUUUGGAAAAAACGUUUUUUUUUUUGUUAUUUCAUUAUGAGUCUGGACCAACGGGCUUUGCACGAUUGCCUCUUUUAGAAACUUUGGUGGAAUAAACGGCGCACUGUAGGAGAACAGCGUGUAUCAAGAAUACUGUGAUUUUCAAGUUUUGGUUUCCUGACUUAUUUCCAGCUUUUUCCUUGGGUCUGUUGUCGCUAGUCACUUUUUUUGAAGUUGCUGAGUUUUUCAAUGGCGUAGAUGGUUGCAAGGGUUUGUUCAAUCAUCUUUUUGGAACGGAAAGGGUUUGAUAUUUACCAAGCAGACACAUCUGGAUUAUGUGCGUGAAAACAAAUCGGGGUGUUUAAAGACCAGGGAAAAGCCAGCGUCGUCACUUUUCGGAGAAGGGAAAUGCGGAGUGGAAACGGCGUCUAGAAGGAUGCUGCUGCUUGUACAAUGGAAGUGAAGAACUCUUUUGCUGUUGUUGCGGUGGUUUGUCUCUUCUUUUGCACCACUUUCAGCCAAGAACUCAAUCCCAAAGGCAGGAAUGUAUGCAAAGCACCUGGAUCACCAGGAUUUGUGUGCUGCAGCGGAUGGGGGCAGCUAGGGGAUGAGUGCCCGACACCUCUCUGCGAAGGCAACUUCACCUGCAAUGAAAAUGAGGUGUGUGUCAGGCCGAACGAAUGUCGCUGUCGUCAUGGAUACUUUGGAGCUAGCUGUGACACUAAGUGUCCGGCCCAGUACUGGGGCCCUGACUGCAAGGGGAAAUGUAAUUGUUACCCCAACGGCCAGUGCGACGACUUGACCGGCGAGUGUACCUGCAACCACAAUCGUUGGGGACUUAACUGCGAGUAUCCUUGCAUGUGCCAAAAGGGCAAGUGUGACCGAGAGACGGGCAAAUGCACAUGUCACCCCGGCAUCUGGGGUCCCCUGUGCAACAACAACUGCUACUGCAGCAUCAACUCCAUCUGCAAUGCGAAGACGGGGCGAUGUAUGUGCAAUCCUGGUUGGACGGGGAGGAACUGUGCCAUCCAGUGUAACUGCAACAAUUCACCGUGCGACCAGUUCACGGGACGCUGCCAGUGCCAAGAGGCACUGUGGGGCCCACGGUGUGAAAGUUACUGCCAUUGCUUCAAAGGCAAGUGCAACCAAGCGGACGGCUCGUGUACCUGCACGCCAGGGUACCGUGGGAGGUUUUGCAGGGAACCGUGUCCUGCCGGGUUCUACGGUCAAAACUGCAGGAACAGGUGUGGGCACUGUAAAGGCCAGCAGCCCUGUAAGAUAACAGAGGGGCGCUGCGUCACCUGCGACAGGGGCUGGAAUGGGACACGGUGUGACCAGCUCUGCUCCAAAGGCUUCUUUGGCGAAAAUUGCCAAGAAGUGUGUCCCUCCUGUAAAGACGGUCACCACUGCGACCCCAUUCAUGGCAAGUGUUCUCACUGUAACCCUGGCUGGAUUGGGGACAGGUGUGAGGUGCGCUGCCCCAACGGCACAUAUGGCGAGAACUGUGAGAACAACUGCAGUCACUGUUUUAACGGCAUCUGUCAUGUUGUCACCGGAGAGUGCUUGUGUGACCCGGGAUUUUAUGGCACCUACUGCAAUAUGACCUGUCAACCUGGCCAGUAUGGAGUGAACUGCAACCAAACCUGCUCUUGCAAUGACAAGAACUGUGAUCCUGUGUCUGGUGCUUGCUAUCUCCAGCCCAACCAGCGGAUGGGCGUGAUCGCGGCUGGAACCCUGGUCUCCUUUUUACUGAUUGUCCUCCUGUCCCUGCUGUGCUGCUGCUGCCUGUGUCGACACAAAGACGACCACAACAAAAAAGCCAAGCGGAUCCUGUGUGGACGAUUCAGCCGCAUCAGCACUAAACUCCCCCGUAUUCCACUGAGGCGACAGAAACUUCCCAAAGUAGUCGUAGCACACCACGACCCAGAGAACACCUUCAACUGCAGCUUCAUCGAGCCCCCCUCAGUGGCAGAGCAGCCUUCCCCCUCCUCCUGGUCGUCCCAGGAGUCUUUCUCUUCCUUUGAGAGCAGAGAUGAGGGGCCAGUUUACUGUUUGCCCCACGAAGAAUCUAUAAACGAAAGCAAAGAGAAGGGCAGCCCCGGCCCACCAACGGAGAAGCCAGAAGCUAAUGAGGAUGAUGCAGGGGAAUACACCUCCCUGAAAGACACCAGUUUCACAAAACCAGAAGGCAGCGAGCAGCCCCUGCUCAAGUCCUCUGACAGCGAAGGCUCCACCAGUGGCUCUGAAUCCACCACUGUGGCUCUCUACGCUCGCAUCGCUCGCCUCUCCAAGCAGUCUAAGGAGGACGAUGGGGAUGGCACUCCUACACCAGAGGCAAAGCGCAACGGAAAGCCUCCACCUUCACCUGGCAAGCCCAAACCACGCCCACCAGACCCGUCCACUAAGCCCAAAGUAUCGUGGAUACACGGCAAUACUACAGGGUCUCCCCAGCCAGAGCAACAGGGGCAUGGGGGAUUGAAGGCACUUGCUGUGCCAAAGGAGAAAAAUAGGAGCUCCAGCGAUGGUUCGGCCAAGAGCGAGGAGCGGCAGAAAAUGAAGGAGAGAAGUCGUGAGCAACAAAAGAAACAAGAGGUGAAGGAAGCAGACGUCAAUGGCUCCCCCAGCAAACACAAACCUCUGCGAGGUAAGAAGUCUGGGGAUGAGCACAGCAGUCCCAAUCACAUGGAGCACAUCAAUGGUGUGGUUCAUAAUGCCCUCAAGAAGAUAAGUAACUUCCACAGCUCCUCAUCUGAGAAGAAGGGUGCUGAAAGUCCAAAGGAGACCCCCAAGGAGCCACCCAAGAGCCCCAAGGUGAUCCACCCUCAUAUGAACUCUGAGGCGGCCACACUCCUGGCUGCUCAGCUCAAGGAGAAAACCCAAAGCAUCAACAGGAACGAGGGGACGGGUCUGACGAAGACCAAUGGGCUCUCCACGCCUAAGGGAAACCGGGAGAAGCCAACACCUCCACAGAAAGCCAAGAGGAAUCCCUCCAGUGGAUUGAGCCAGCAGGGCUCCACCAAGCCCCUGCUGCCCACCUCGAGCAGCCUCCAGAAGAUGGUGGCACCCGUCGCCACUGACCUCGGGACCCCUGAAGCCAAGAGCCCGGAGAAGCAGGACUUGAACGGCUCAAGGGCAGGGGACCCGAUGUUUGAUCCUACACCAAAGAAGACUCCCAUGAAAAAGCCACCCAGGAAGAAAGGCAAGGAGGGUACUUUGGAUACAUCGGAAAGUAAAACACCCCAGCAAAAGACAGCCAUAAUGCCACCACAGGUAGUGAAAUAAAUGUUCUCAAAGACAAAUUUUGUGAUGGAUACCAAAGAGACUAAAAUGGAUUUGUUGGAAGGUGAACCUCGUAGUUUUUCAAUCAAGGAAUUUAAACAUUUUCUGAGUGUGCUGCGACUCCAGGACCGGUCAAGAGUGAGAAAUGCUUCUAAAUCAAGGGUGCAGUUGAGUCGUAUUGGUGAGUUGUAUUAUAAUGACCUCUAUACACCAUUGUAUUUCAUUUCAAGAAUCCCUUUUUGUGUAACAACUAUGUAUCAAGCUCACACCACAACCUGUGGCUAUGCCGGACACAACAGAACAGUGGUUCACAGACAUAAUCCAUAGUUCAUUCAUCUCUAUCCCUCUGCAGUAUGUCCACCACUAUUUUUAUAUAUGGAUUGCUUUUUGGGGUUCCAUAACUGUAAUUUACUAAGGUGUCAGAAAAAUAGCUAUUAUUUUAUGCACGCUCUCCAAAGGUACUAAGGGUACUAAAAACAACAAGAAAAUUAGAUCCUCUGGGUAUUGCAAGCUAUUUUGUUUUGUUUUUUGUUUUGUUUGUGGGCCAACAUGCAUAAAUACAGUUUUAUACCUUUAAGCUACCCUCCUCAUUCCUUAUGUCAAGGCUAUUCUUUGCAGAAGAAGGUCAACUUAAUUAUGUCAAGUAAGAGCAACACUUUUUGUUGGUCUCUAUUUUUCUACUCUAGCAGUUUCAGGUUGACAUACCACAUUAUAAAGAAUGCUUCUCUCUAAUAAACAAAAUCUGGCACUCCAAAGUAUGCAAGUCAUGCAUUUAGGACAAUUGUCCUUUGUGCUUGUGAGUCACUUUGAAGAGCUUUAGCGUUGGUCUCAAGGCUUUUACCUACAGAAAUGUUACAUUUUUUUAUUUAAAGUCUUAGCCCUCUUUUGUCCAACUCUGUCAGACAUGGUUUUUCAGAACCCAUUCAAGCUCUUUGAUCUUCAGAAAGGGCUGUUUCAAACCUCUUUCAUACUUCUGCUAACACCAAAUCACCAGAAUGUGCUCUUGCUGUACGUUUUAUUCAGUCAGUUAAACCACUAAACCAAAAAUGAAAUCUCAAGGUAUUCUAUAUCCUCACUUUAUGUCAUGCUUGUAAAUCACUUUAAACUCACUCACUUUCUCUGUAAUAGAGCAACAUCUGCAGUUUUUGUAUGCUGUAUUUAAGAAAAACGUACUGCAUAUCCCAACAAAUCAGAUACAAUAGAUGGUUUUGUUGAAGUAAUGACUUUUAGAAGUAUUCUCUACAAAUCUGGCCACAGAAGGAGACUGCCGUGUGUCUUUAUCUGUUCUUUUAGUUUUGUCGAGAAACUAGGGAAACAAUAUUGCCAACUGAGCUACUCCCAUUUCACAUGUAUUUGUUUAUGCCAUCGGGCGUUGUGUAGGAAAAAAAUCUUGCCAAGGAUGGUUUGUCUUAAGGAUGGUGUUAUCUUAAACUAGUAGACUCGUGCUGAAGUAACAGGGUGCUUAAUUUCAUUUUCUUUAGGCUAAAUGGUACCGUGCCUCGAGUAUUAAAAUGUGCCUCAACUGUGGAUCAGUUAAAGCAAAAGAAGCCAUGUUUUCCUAAAUGUUGAUCCUAAAAUAUGUAAACCAAAAUUUGAGGAAAAAAGCCUUUUAUUUCAGUUGUUGGUGGAUAGCUAUUUGGAAAGUAGCAUUUAAAACAUGAGCUAUGAACAAUGGAUGACAGGUAGUGUGUCAACAUGCCAUUGGUAUGUUUUGGGCUGAAGAAUAUAUUACAUUAACACAGCUAAUUUGAAAAAUGGUCUUGUUUUUUUUUUGUGUUUUAUCAAGGUACAACUCGUUUUGGUUAUUUUUUCAACUUGUAUACAUUGUGUACUUUUUUAUUAUCUUUGUAAGCUGUGCUUAUAUGACUUUUUUAGUUCUUCUGUUUUUCUUGGUGUCAAUGAACUGGCUUUCAUGUUGUUUUUGCUUUUUUUGAUAUGUUGCUUAUUUUGAGCUCUGAAGCAAACCUACAGUAUGAGUACUUUCCAUCUUGUAAAGUUGACAUUGGCUUUGUUCUCUGUUGAUGUUAUUGUUUGUGUAACACUUAACUGCAUGACGCAGAGUGUAGUUAUAUGGCAUUAAUAGCUCCACCGGAAAUCUGUAACCUUGUUCCCUCCAGUUGUUAUUAUUGCCUCCCAUAAAACAAUACAGAAAGGAUUGUACAAUACUACUAUGAUACCACUGUUGAAACAAUUGCAUAUACUCAAACCAUAACAUUGUGUAAUUAUGAAGUGGCAAUUUUUAUCUGACUGGCCCAUGCCUGUUUUUAUUGGCGUACAGUGCAUUUUUGUAAAGAAGGGCCUGAAAAGCUGCAAAAACGUUACCAACUGUAAGGUAUAUUUUGUUUUUUGUGGUUUGUUUUUGGCAACUUUGAUUUCCAUUUUGUGUAUAGUCAUUCAAUUUGUGUUUCCCUUAUUUACUUCUUUGGAAUAAAAAAAGCAAUACAUGUAGCUCUAGUCAAACCAAAAAUUAAAAAAUCCGUCAUUAUUUCUAUAAAUGUCUUAUUCCAGCAUACAAUCAACUAGAACAAUACUAUGGUGAAAAGGCAGGUAUUGGGUAAUACACAUACAUACUGUAUUUUAUCAUGUUCAUACGAAUGCUGGUUGAUAUUUGACCCUUUCCUGUGACUCUGGGCUGCCGAGUCUCAGGGACGAGGAGUCAUUCGGUCACAGCGGCUCUUCAAAGAGCCUGAGGGAACCAGGGAACUCUUCAUUUGGCUCCUUCAGGAUGGGGGUGACAAAAGGCUCCUUUCAUGAGGGGAAAAACAGUGGAAACUCUGUGCUAAGGAGUUAAUCACGCGCUGCAUAUAUGUCCUCUUUUGGAAGGGAGAAGAGGGGUAUAGCAGGACUGGGCCACAAGGCAAUGCAGGAGCAUGAAUGGAUGGAUGGAUGGAUAGGUCAUGUGAUGGGUAAUUGGAAGCAGAAGGCGAAGCAGCUUUGCUUUAGGUUUUGCUCUUUUGACAUGGUGAUCUACUUGCUGUGUAUAUGCAUGGAGAUUGUACACACAUGUUGAGUUGUAUUAAGAUUUUUCAGAGCUGUUAUCCACUUUUGGACUUGUCAGGGACUUGCAUAUUUUGAUUGAUGAUAACGCCAAAUGGAUGCAGAUAAGACCUUUUACGGACCAUUCUAAGAAGAUAAUGUUUUUAGGGCAGGUUAAACUAUUUAAUAAUUUCCAUCAGCAUCUUGAAAGACGGCACCAUGCUAAAGGCAUAGCUGAAGGGGUGGCAAUAUCGUUUUUUCCAACAAUAUCGUUGGGCCCCAAAACCCAUUGUUUGUUCGUUUAUUAAUAUAGUCCUUUUGAAACUAAUAACAUUCCCAUAAGCAUCCGCUGCAUUUUAUGUUUAGUGCUAAUAAGCAAAUGUCAGCAUGCAAACACCCAAAAGUAAGAUGGGGAACACGGUGCUAAAGUUUAUAAUAAACAUGCUCCAUUUAGCUCAAAUAACCACAGAAUGGUGUUUUGUAUCCUGUGUUGAGUCUGACUCACCCACCACAACCUUGAUGUCUCCAAAUCAAUCUUCCUUUGGAUUUUACAAUUUCACAUACAGACUG